UUACACAUAAACAACUUAGUGUGGCAUAAAGGUUCCAUCACUAAUCCUUCACAAGUGUCCAUUUUCUUACCUCUUAAAACAAAAAACAAAAAAGAAAAUGAAGAAACAAUAUAAUUUGAAUCUAAUAAAAGAAAAAUAAAUAAUCAAAAAGAAAAAAGGACUGCUCCACAAAUUUUCACGUUGCCAAUUUGCAAAUAAUAUUAGCCAUUUUAAAAUAAUGGCACUUGCUGCUAGUCCUUCUUCUACGCUUUCUCCGCCAUAGUCAGUCGAGAAAAUGGUAGCAACAGUUGCCCUUCUCCACAAACCCACCUUGAAACUCUCUUUUUCACGCCCUUCUAAGCUCGAUUCCUGCAAAUCCACUUUGCUUCUUCGACUUCCUGCUUCAAGAUCGAUUUUCUUUAGUGGGUUUGGUUCCAAGAAAGCCGUGUCAAAAACCAUGACUGAGAUGGUCUGGACGUCUGCGUUUAGGAGCGGUGAUGGCGAAGAAAAUGUUAAGAUUCUUCAACCUGAUACUUUGGCUGAUGAUUCUUCUGAUUUUCGUUCUCAGUUGAUGGCUCGGGGUUUUGAACCCCUUCUCAAUCGUCUGAGCAAGUGGCUUGUAGCUGCCUUGUUUGGUGUUGUCCUUCUCUGGAGGCAUGAUGCUGAGGCCUUGUGGAUUGCUAUGGGGUCUGUAUUAAAUGCUAUACUAUCAGUAACACUAAAACGAGUAUUCAACCAAGAGAGACCAUUUGCCACUGCGAAAUCUGAUCCUGGAAUGCCCUCUUCACAUGCUCAGUGCAUCUUUUACACUGUUGUGUUUUGUAGUCUUUCAGUUACAGAAUGGCUUGGAGUAAAUGAAUUUACAUUGCUCAUAAGUGGACUUAAUUUGGCAUUGGGCUCAUACUUUUCAUGGCUACGAGUCUCACAACAAUAUCAUACAGCCAGCCAAGUGGUGGUUGGUGCUGCUGCAGGGUCUCUAUUCUCUUUCUUGUGGUAUUGGUUAUGGCAAACCAUUGUUCUGGAUGAAUUUAAUUCCUCCUUGUGGGUUCGCAUAGUUGUUGUUUUUGCCGCAUUUUCAUUCUGCUUAGGAUUCCUUUUGUAUGUGAUCCGUCAUUGGCUCAAGGAUGAGGAAUGAAAAUAUUUUCCUUUUCUUUUAUAUACAGAUGAAGCUUACUACAACCUGACUAAAUUCCAUUAGCAGGUCCUUCUUAUUCUUUUGACAGUUUGACCUCCAAUAGGGCUUAUGUAAAAUACCGUCUUUUGCUGCUGUCAGAGUAACAACUUUGUUAAAGAUAAUAUAGAACUGUGCAACAAAUUUACCA